AAGAGUUAAAUUCCAUGGCUAAUCGCAAAUUCAAGUUUUUAGUCUCCAUGCAGCAAUAUAACAAAUUUAGUAAUGAAGAAAAAGAAAAUGUGGAGUUCUUGUUACGUGUAUACCCAAACCUUCUGAUCGCUUACCUCGAAGAAGUGCCAUCUGAAAAUGAAGGAGAAUCAAAAAUAUUCUCAGUGUUAAUCGAUGGCCAUUGUGAAGUUCUACCUGAUGGCCAACGCAAACCAAAAUACCGGAUUCAACUUCCUGGUAAUCCAAUACUUGGAGAUGGUAAAUCAGAUAAUCAAAACCAUUCUAUCAUCUUUUGUCGUGGUGAAUAUCUUCAAUUGGUGGAUGCGAAUCAAGAUAAUUACCUUGAAGAAUGCCUUAAAAUUCGGAAUAUUCUUGGAGAAUUUGAACAAUAUAACAUGCCAACUACUUCACCAUAUUUGCCUGCUGCUGAGAUUUCCGAUAAAGAUCCCGUAGCUAUUGUUGGUGCUCGUGAAUAUAUCUUUUCAGAGAAUUAUGGUAUACUUGGUGAUGUUGCAGCUGGUAAAGAAUGGACCUUUAGUGCUCUAACUCAACGCAUAACUGCAAGUGUAGGUGGUAGAUUGCAUUAUGGUCAUCCAGAUUUCUUGAAUUUUAUAUUCAUGACGACUCGUGGUG